AUGCAUCUGGUUUCUAUGGACCUUGUUCGUACAAUUGCCAGUGAAAAUACGGCUACAAGCCAAGAUCGGGCUAAGGCUAUUAUCUUCAUCCGUCAUUAUUUGGACAUUCCUCUACAGUCUGAAUAUUUGACGUUGCAGGAUUUUAAAACUGUUACAGAAUACAACUCUGCUAUCCAUCAGAUUACAUCUCAGUUGAAACUCUGCGGAGAAAAUGUUACUGAGAAUGAUAAAUUGGAGAAGACUCUCUUUACCUUUCAUGUUUCGAAUGUUGUGUUGCAACAGCAGUAUCGUGAGAAAAAUUUUCAAAAUCCGUUCCUUGAAGCGAACGUGACAUUUUCUGAACGAGGCCGUGGACGUGGUUGCGGUCGUGAGAGUCAACGCGGUCGAUAUACCCCUUACAAUCGCCGUAGUUUUGACAUUAACAGGAUACAAAGUAAACUCCAACAUGGGGAUAUAGCCGAAAAGGCUAAACAGGGAAAGAGGCAAAUCGGCAUUUGUAAUCGGUGUGGUAUUGAAGGCCAUUGGACCAAUACCUGCAGAACAGCCAAACACCUAGCCGAUCUUUAUCAAGCCUCACUGCAGAAAAAGAGGAAGGAGGUCGAGACUAAUCACAUUGAUAACGAUGACGACCCCGAUGAUGAUAUUUUGGAUUACGACACAACGCAUCUUGAUAUAGUGGAUUUUGUCGUAGAUCAAGCAAACCCCCAGUGA